AUGAUCUUGACGCCUCUUACCGCUGCUGCCAUCAAAAAGAACAUUGCCCUGAUUGAAGAGUUGUUGCAGAUAGGGGCAGACCCAUUCGACAACAGUGCCCUCUUCGUGUGCGCUGUACUUGACCUGCCAGAAAUCAGCGCGGUGCUGCUACAUGCUUUCCAGAGUCGGUACCCAAAUGGUGCAAAGAAUCAUGGCUGCGAUGCUCUAUACCAGACAAUACGAAGUAAGAACGCGCGGCUGUUCAGUCUUUUUGCCUUCCACAUCAAUCUUUCUGGGCCUGUCGCGAAAGAUCACGGGCGAAGUUGUUUCGAUGGUCGCCGUUUCGAAUCGAAUACCGUAUGGACCAGUCCACUUGGCGAAGCGAUACGUCUCCAUUCUGAAGGCAACGGUGCCGACGCAAUGUUUGAACUCCUUUUGUCUAUGGUCAAGGACCACAGCACUGUGGUGUACAGAGACUCUGAACGCGGCAACAUGACCUGUCUACUCUCUGCAAUUUACCUAGAUUCUCUAAAGACGGUUCAUAAGCUGCAUCAAGCCGGCGCAAACAUAUCGCUACCAGCCAUGGGAAGCGUCAUUCGGACACCACUACAGGCAGCAGCACAGGUCGCAAGUCAGGAAAUCGUAGAGUACCUCCUAGGCCACGGAGUCGAUCCGAACGAGCCGCCAUCAACCCGAUCAGGCGCAACAGCCCUUCAGCUAGCCGCAAUUUCGGGAAAUGUCAACAUUGCAAGUAUUUUAUUAGAUGCAGGAGCCGAUGUCAACGCCCCACCGGCCUUUUGCGACGGGAGAACGGCGUUUGAAGGCGCCACAGAACAUGGUCGCGUCGAGAUGAUGAGAUUCCUUGUUAGCAAAGGCGCGGAUCUUCUUGCAAACGACAACGAACAACAUCGACGCGCCGUUAUUCUGGCAGAAGAUAAUCGGCAAUACGCUGCGAAAGCUCUCGCUGACGAACUACAUGCUAGGGUCGUAGCGAGCCAACAAACGAGUUUCAUCAACAUGGGUGGACAGUGGGCUGGAUCUGAGAUGCCAGACUUUGGAACCUUGUUCUCAUGA